AUGCCCUACGCACUGAAAGGUCGGAACGUGCUCGUGACCGGAGGGUCGAGAGGACUUGGGGCCGCCAUUUGCGAGAAAUUUGCUGCAGAAGGAUGUAAUGUUGCUGUCAAUUACAUAUCCAAUGCCGACGCUGCCCAGCGGGUGGCCGACGACAUCCGACGGAAGUACUCGGUCAAAACGUGUAUCAUUCAAGGAGAUGCCGAAGUUGCCUCGGAUAAUGAGCGUAUUGUUAAGGAGACUGUUGAUAAUCUCACUGGACUGGAUAUCAUCAUUGGAAACGCCGGAUGGACCAGGUUCGCUCGACCUGGUGAUAUUUAUGAUUUGUCUCAUGAGGAGUGGACUAAGUGCUGGACGGUAAAUGUUCUGGCACAUUUGCAACUUAUGCAAACAGCUAGUCCGAUUUUGAAAAACAACCCAGAUGGAGGUGUCUAUAUCAUUACUUCAUCCAUAGCAGGCCAUGUGACGGGAGGAAGCAGCAUCGCCUAUUCCGUGACGAAAGCCGCAGCUUUGCACCUGAUGAAGCAUUUUGCCUUCAUCUUGGGACCUGAGAUCCGUGUGAAUGCAGUUUUGCCGGGACUACUUUUGACUGACUGGGGUAACAAAUACCCUGAGGAAGCAAUUGCUGGGUUGAAAGAACAGGCUGCUCUUAAACGCGAGACCAACUUGGAGGAUUGCGCAUAUCAAUUUGUCAGCAUAGCCAAGAACACUUCUAUGACAGGUCAGGAGAUCGUAGUUGACUCGGGCCUUGCUAUGGGAAGUCUGCCAAAGUCUAAGCGGUCCUCGUGA